AUGGUACUCCUCACCAAAAACAAAGAUCGCGCCUACCCUUUCUCGCUGGACUUCAGUUCCCGUGAGGAGGACGAGCCGCGUGAGGUCAACGUGAAGGAUAUCAAAGCGCAGUUCUUCUUUGAACAGCCUGAAGAGAAGCUGAUUCCGACUCGCUUCCUCGAGAUGGCUGAAGCGUCAAGUGAGUGGAUUUGCGCUCACGUUCUCCACAACUUCAUGCAUGAAGACAAAGACAAGGUUGACUUCUGGAAAUGGCCUAUCUUCGAUCUCAGAUGGCGCGAAACAUUUCGAUCGCUUAUCGAGGUUCCGAAAUUGAAGCUAGGCGCAUGGGAAGGGGGUGUUGAGCAGUGCUUCCUCGCCCUGGCCGAGGGAAACCGCGAUGCACAAGCCGAUGUGCUCUACCACCUGAUGGAGGACAUCUGGGUGGGAAUGACGCUCAACGAUGACCCCUCUCAGGGGAUGUGCAGCCUUGAGCUAAAACCUCGCCUCUUUGAAUCGACAUUCUCCUACCUGACCGGCUAUCGGGAGAAGCACCGAGAUGGGCCACAAACAGAAGGCAUGAUGAGCACAAGUUAUACCGACGCCAAAUCUCCGACUCCGAUCGCGCCCUUCUGUAUCACAAAUUACGAAGAGCCCAUGGACACUGCCCUCUCAGAUAGAUUCAAAGUUAUCCUUGGUCAGCUGUCAAAACAUGCAAGGAUACUCCCCGUUCCAGGGGACAGGAUCCCCGACCAAGAAGUGUUUGUCCUGGGCCAGCAUGGCUCAAAGGUUCACCUGAUGCGUGCUUUCUUUCCUGGCUGGAAGCUGUCCAGUAUAUGGUGCGGCCGGGAACUUCGCAGGCCUGCAGCACGCAACGAAACUCCUUCCCCGUCCUCUUCAAGAGGCUCGUCGCCAUCAAACAAGUCGUCCCCACCGCAAUCCUCCUCAUCUCCAGCCGCCUCAUCUACCUGGAAACCCGAAGACGAGCCAGCGAAGCCCGAGGCUAUUCACCCCUCCAAAGCUCAGCGCGCCGCCAGUAAGUUGAAGCGAUUCUACUCAGCAAGCAAUAUCAGGCGCGUGCUACAACGCUUUGAAGCUACCAAGCGCAAGGUCGACGACAGUGAAUUCAACAUCCGCUCCUUCAGAGUAGAUUGUACUCACGAGUAUGACUUGUGGAAGAAGGAGGAUUUUACGGCUGCAGUAAGAGUCCUUCUUGCUCUGUACUACUAUCUGCAAAGUGGCGACGCACGAUGUGGCAUUCUCAUGGUAAAGAAUCGCGAAAAGUUUGACUUUGGACCGGAGUCAAGUUCCCCUGACCGUGACACUGUCGAUGAGACCAAGACUGAGAAAAGCCCGCCUGACAAAGACGCAAAUGAACCCAAUCACAAAGACGCUGCCAGCUGUGACGACAAAGGUUCAAAAGAGCAGCCUGGCGUCAAGACCCCUCCCAGUGGCCUUUCAGAGGAGCUGGAGAUGCUGCGGCUCAAGGCAAGCAAAAGCCCUAGUGCUUUCGAGAAGAGACCUGAAGCGAACUCACCCUCACAAGACGACUCUGAGCAGUCCGCCUGCCCUUGGUUCACAACCUUGAAGAGAAGCCCUAGAGGAAGCAAGCGGACCUGA